AUGCUUUCAUUUCGUGCAAGCCAACUCAGACCACAAACUUUGUGUAUUGUUACAGGUGCUUCUAAAGGCAUUGGGAGGGAAAUUACAAAACAAUUAUCGGAAUGGGGAGUACAUUGUGCAACGAUAAGUAGAUCGGAAAUUGAGGCUAAGGAUUUAUUUCCUAAUCAAUAUCAUUUUCCAUGUGAUGUUUCCAAUGCUAAACAAGUCUCGGAGACAAUUAAACAAAUUUCGCAACAAUUUGGUAAAAGUCAUGCAAUGAAUAUGUUGGUGAAUGCUGCUGGAAUUUCCAAAGACGGACUAUUGUUGAGGUUUUCUCAAGAGGAUGUGGAGGAAAUUAUGAAUAUUAAUUUGAUGGGAACUAUUAAUGUUUGUAAGAGCUCUCUCCGAUACUUUAUGUUGAGUCAUUCGAGUGGUGAAAUGCCUUCAUCAAUUGUUAAUAUUUCUAGUGUGAUUGGUGGAACUCAUAUGACCAAUGUUGGACAAUCAGUUUAUGCAGCAUCUAAGGCAGGAGUUGUUGCCUUCUCUCAGAAUUUAUCUCGUGAGUUGCUUGGAAGAGAUGUCAGAGUUAAUGUUGUUAGUCCUGGAUUCAUUGAAACUGAAAUGACCAAACACAUUUCGGAUUCCAUUUCAAAAACAUCAAGUGAACAAAAGAAUGAAAUGGUUCAAAAGAUUGAAAAGGUGAGAAUGGGAAAGCCAAAAGAUGUUGCCAGUAUGGUUCGAUUCCUUCUUUCAGAGCAAUCAGAAUAUAUUAAUGGACAAAAUCUUGUUGUGGAUGGUGGAUUAUCGUUAUUGUAA